UAACAUUAAAUCAUAUGCUACAUUAACAUUACAUGAGACAGGAGGACCCGAUUUUGUGGACAAGGUACAACUCGUUAUCUUGAGGCUGGAAUGAAUAAUAUCAUUCUGACAUUCAGGAUUUCGAGGUCGCCCAGCGUUGGUGGCUCUGGUCGCAAGUUCGUGCCCCUCAUGCCGGCGCGACCGUGGCGACCGGGUGCGACGUUGAGCAAGUGGCGUUCCUUUCAAGCGCAAUUCACCUCGACGUUCAAUGCCUGAACGUGCAUUUUGCAAUUGUAAAGAAGUUGCGUAGUGCAGAACAGCCUUCCGGGUAGUUAAGUUGUCUUUCCUGAAGAACGUAGUUAGCCUGUAAACAACAAAUUGUAGAUGUCAUUUGCUGUUUAUCUUUAAAAAAGGGUUUUACUUAAACGCGUUCACAAUGGAUUCCACCAGUGCUGCACUUCAGAGUUUAAAACUUGCAAUAAAUGGAUAUUUUCGUAAUAAAGAACCGUGGCAAAUUGUGACAAUCACCGCAAGCAGUGUCCUUGCCAGUGUGUGGUUAUGGGAGUUCAUUUUCCAAGAAGAAAGUGUGCUCUCUCGUGGGAAAAGAAAAUUUUUCAAACUAGCUCGCCUUAUACCUGCUGUAGCAGCUCGCAUUGACAAGGAAAUGGAAAAUAUAAACAAUACGUUUGAGCAUGAAGUUAUUACUCGAACCCAGGGAACCCCAUAUAUUACAUCCUUGCCAGAAAAUGGGAAAAACGAUAAAGAAAUAGUCGAAAUGGUGGAAAAAUACUUAUCAUUAGGUGACUACAAAUGGAGUGAAGGAUAUGUGUCUGGAGCUGUUUAUUAUUACAACAAAAAUUUAAUAAAAUUGCUAACAGAGGUAUAUGGUCUUGCAUCAUAUACAAAUCCUUUGCAUCCUGACAUUUUUCCUGGUGUAUGUAAAAUGGAAGCUGAAGUUGUUCGUAUGACUGCUAAUCUUUUCAACGGGGGACCACUUUCUUGUGGAACUAUGACAACUGGUGGUACUGAAUCUAUUGUUAUGGCCUGUAAAGCAUACCGUAAUUAUGCCUUUGAGAGAGGUAUUAAGCAUCCAGAGAUAGUUCUGCCAAGAACUGCUCAUCCCGCUUUUGAUAAAGCUGCAGAAUACUUCCGUAUGCGCAUUACACAUGUACCUGUUGAUCCUGUAACUACAAAAGUUGAUUUGAAAGCAAUGAAGAGAGCUAUUAGCAGAAACACAUGCAUGCUUGUAGGAUCUGCUCCAAAUUAUCCGUAUGGUACCAUGGAUGAUAUAGAAGCAAUUGCAGCUCUUGGCCGUAAAUAUGAUAUUCCCGUUCAUGUGGAUGCUUGUUUAGGAGGUUUUGUCAUAGUUUUUAUGAGAAAAUGUGGUUACUCAAUUCCUCCAUUUGAUUUCUCUGUUCCUGGUGUCACAAGUAUAUCAGCUGAUACUCACAAAUAUGGGAAUGCCCCAAAGGGCUCAUCCAUUGUUUUAUAUUCUGAUCCUAAAUACCGCCAUCAUCAGUUUUGUGUAACUACAGAUUGGCCUGGUGGUGUUUAUGGCUCUCCAACUGUGAAUGGUUCUCGUGCAGGAGGUAUAAUUGCUGCCUGUUGGGCUACACUUUUGCAUUUUGGUUUGGAAGGUUACGUCAAUGCUACAAAGAAGAUUGUGGAAACUACAAAAUAUAUCGAGAAAGGGUUGCGGGAAAUGAAUGGAAUUUUUGUUUUUGGGACUCCCGUAACAUCUGUAAUAGCAAUUGGUUCAAAUGACUUUCACAUCUACAGACUUGCAGAUGCUUUGAGUGAAAAUGGUUGGAAUUUAAAUCCACUUCAGUUUCCAUCGGGAAUUCACUUGUGUGUAACAUACAUGCACACAGCAGAAGGCGUUGCCGAUAGAUUUUUAUCUGAUGUGAAAAAAUUCGUGGAUGUAAUAAUGAAGAAUCCGAAAAAAGAUGUGGAAGGAAAGUUUGCCAUGUAUGGAAUGUCUCACAGUAUUCCUGAUCGGUCAAUUGUUGGAGAUUUUACUCGUUUCUUUUUAGAUUCAAUUUAUUACACUCCCAGCCAAGAAAAAGCAAAUGGCUCCAAAGCUCUUGUAUAAAGAAAAUGAAGGACUAGUGGAUAUUUAAUGUAAUAUUUGUGUGAUGGGACCAGUUAUUUACAAUAUACUGAUUCAUUAUUAUUGAAUAUUCAUGAUAUGCAGUAAGAAUUGUGCUAUGAAAUGUAAAUAUAGGCAAAGUUAUGAUCAAAACAAUGUUAUUAUUUUACUGUAACAGUGUGUUGUUAUGUUGAGAGCUGGAGUUUCCUGGGAUCAUAUUACAAAAUAAUAUACAUAUUAUAGUAUAUAUUUUUACACAGUAUUAUUUUUAUGCUGCAAUUUUGCACAUAAUUGUCCAGUAUAUUUUGCAGUUGGAGAAUACAUACAUGAAGAGCAUAUAAUACAUUGAAUUUUUGACUUUUUGUGAGUUCUUAACUUUAAGACAUAUUUUUCUAAGUAUAUAGGAGCAUGCUUAAUGAAUUUACAGGCUGUGAAUAUUAAUGUACAUCUAUUUUUAAUAAGUAUCCUACUUGAACCAUUUUCCUUCAAUUAUCUACUAAUAAUAAUGAAAUGUUAAUGAUUUGUACUAUCUUUUUUUUCUCUAUUAAGUGAGAAAGAUUUACAUUUAGAUAUUUUCAUUUCCAGUAACUAUUGAAUUCUGAAUUUCUCGUUGAAUGCAAAAAAAUUCUUUCUUUUCUGUAGUGCUUAUAUUGAGUCCUAUGCUCUGCCCUCUAAACAGUGUACGUAGUCUUCAGAUUCAGAACAUUUUGAAUGAAAAUAAUUUGAGCAACAAAACCUCAGUGCCAGAGCUUACUCCUUUUUACUUCUGUACAGAAUCAUCAAAAGCAAUGCUAACUAACUGCAAUUCUGGAAUUCUUUUGAUAUCUGUUUAUUCUUUACAGUACCAUUUUUUAAACAAAAAUGUUGUACAAAUUGUGGAAAUUGUUAGUUAUAUUCUCUUCUGCAUUACUCAUUAAAAAUCUAAAUUGUCUCAUCUGCUAAAAAAUUGAAUAAACCCAUCAGUUAUAUGAAACUUGAAUUGGCUUUUACAACUAUUAAUCUGUUGAUGCUAUUUGUCCAUAGCACUACCCGCUUCCCAACAAAAAAUCUCUUAAUGCCUAGUUAAAGUACUGAUUUAAUAUAUUUUGAGAAGAUACAAGGAAGAAACUUUAGUGACUUGCAGACUGGUGUGCAUUCUUGUUUUCCAAAUAUAGUAUGUAAAUUGUGCUUAGUAUUUAAUAUCUUGUUUGCCUUUAUUAUUUGAAAAUUCUCCUUUUCGAGUCAAAAUGGGCCAUUUUCCUUUAGUCUUGAGUGUAAAGUACUGGAAUAUUUGAUAUCAUUAUUAUUAUUAUUAUUAUUAUUAUUAUUAUUAUUAUUAUUAUUAUUAUUAUUAUUAUUUAUUACUGUAAAAACAACAGUUGUCCUCUUGUAGACAAUGAGAUAAUGUUGCAAUAUAUUGGAAAGAAUCAUUUGGAGGUUAUCAGUCCUCUCUGGGCUUUAAGUCACUGCUGUUGUAUUUGCUAUGUUAUUGUGGCACGCAAUCAACUAUACUUAGCAUUCAUAAUACAUGUAUUUCCUGAAAAGAUUUGUGUGUAGGAAUAUAUUCACAGACAAAAGAAAGACUAAAAUUGUCAAUGUAGUUCACCUGUCUUACAUUCUCUCUCUCUCUCCAGAAUCUAGAAAGAAUUUCAGAUUUUCAUAUUUGUUUUUUUACUUUGUCCUUUAUCUAAAGCAUCUUAUUUUAUUACUUUAAGUAUUAUGUUUCUUAGUACUCAUUGUGAAUUCAAAUAAUCAAGCAUGAUAAGUGUUGUGCUAGUCUGGUUCUGUAUUGAAUUGGAUUUUUACUUUUUUUUUUUUUAAUUUGAAGUAGAUGUUAGGUGGUCUGGAUGUCAGGGACUACGAGAGUGAGAACCAAUUCAGCACUUGACACUGGAGGGUUGUGGCUUCAUAUCACAUCAUGAUCGUGUAAUUUAUCCCUUUUGUGUAUUGUGUUGUAGCACAUCAUGAACCAAUAGCCAAAGAUUCUGUAGGUGUCAGCUCCAAGGAAUGUUGGGGAAUGUCAAAUACAAAUAUGAAAGUAAAAAAAAAAAAAAGGUGUAGUUUACCUCAUAAUUAAUGUGUUUGUGAAUGGUGCUGUAAACUUCUGUGGCCUUCAGUGUGAUAAUUAUUAGUAAAAUGUGAUUAUUAAUAAAAAAGGAUUAUAAUGUUUUUAAUAUCUUUUAAAGCAAUCUGUAUGCGAAUUAUAUCAUCAAUCUAUUUUUGUAUACUAUUUCAAUUUACUUUGGCAAAUUUUGAUAAAUGAUAUUUGACAGAUAAAGUUUACAAUUUAUUUCAAUGAAGUUAUAUGCAAUGAUUAUUCAAUGUACAGAAAUUUUAAAUGUACAGGAGUGAUGGGGAUGAUGCCCAUACAAUAUCGAGUAACGGAGAAUGAUUUUCAUUAGAUUGUGAACACUACCAGAAAGAAAUCAAAAUAUGAUAUUCUAAUAACAACUUCAAGAUAAUAAUCAUUUUUCUGAAGUGUAAGUUAAAAUGCAGUUUAAAUCUAUAAAGAAAUGAAGUAAAUGUAUUUUACUAGGUUUGCAAAUUUGAAAAUUAGGGCAAAUUUGAAAGGAAGAUUUAUGAUAAUUUGUUCCUUAUUUCCUCUAAAACCAUAUUGAUUCUCUGUUUAGUGUUGUUGAUUGAUAUCAACAGGAAUUUCAGUUAAAGCUAUUUUUGUUUGAUAUUUUUUCUCUGAAGCUUAAAAAAAAAUAUUAUCUUAAAAAUAAUGUAAGUUCCAUGUAUUUCAUUAAAGGUGCAGAAAUGCAGGUUUUGCCAGGAGUUAAUAUGGAUAUUUUAACAUGGUUAUUGUUUAUUAUUUCAAAGUGAAAAUGCUCUUAUUAUUUGUUGAUUUCAUAGUUUGAAUAUCAAGGUUCCCUAAAGCUUCAUUCUAAAAGUACUAUCCUUUUUAAGUCUUUCAUAUA